CAGAGAACACAGUUCCCUUGUGGUGUGGUGAUGGCAUUCUGGGCUUCUGUGUUUAUUCUCUUGGUGAGCAUUGUCCUGGUAGGGCUAUACAGGCUGGGGGCCUUGCGUCAGAGGAGAGCCAGAGAGCCCCCUCUGGACAAAGGCCCCAUCCCCUGGCUGGGCCAUGGAAGGGACUUCAGUAAGGAUCCCUCCAAUUUCUUGAAGAGGAUGCAAGAACGUCAUGGGGACAUCUUCACUGUUCAGAUUGCUGGCAGAUACAUCACCUACGUCACAGACCCCUUUUCCUUUGAUGCCAUCCUGAAGGAGAAAAGAAGCAAGCUGGACUUUGAUGAGUUUGCAUCUGAAAUGGUGUUCAGAGUUUUUGGCUUCCUAAAAUGGGAAGGUCAACAGAAGAUUAUGCACAAUACCUCGUCAAAGCACUUAAUGGGGACUGGUCUAGUUGGUCUGACCCAGGCCAUGAUGGAUAGUCUAAAGAUCCUGCUGGAAUCUGAUGUUACCAUGAGCCCAGGAGCCCAGGAGUGGAAGCAGGCAGGGCUCUUUCAAUACUGCUACAACAUUGUCUUCAGAGCUGGUUACCUGGUAUUAUUUGGGAACGUCUCCACUAAUGACAAGGCGGGCCAUGCUCAGGAGCUCCUGCAAACCCAGAAAGUCUUUGAGGAAUUCAGGAAAUUUGACAUUCUCUUUCCCCAGGCAUUUUACUCUGUGCUCACAUCCAAGGAGAAGCAAGAAGUGAGGAGGCUCAAACGCUUCUUCUGGGAUCUUCUCUCUGCACAGAAGAUCCUGGAGAAGGAUAAUGUGAGUGGAUGGAUCCUUUCCAUUCAGCAGCAGCUGGCUGACCUGGGAAUGCCUGAGCUAGGGCUGAGCCAAUUUAACUUUGUACUGCUCUGGGCUGCCCAGGGCAACACAGGGGUUGUAGCCUUCUGGACCCUCCUCUUCCUCAUGAAGAAUCCCAAAGCUCUGAAGGCUGUGAGGGAGGAGGCAGAAAGAGUCCUCAGGAGAAUGGGGCAGGAGGUGAGACCAGCUGGGGUGCCCAUCAAUGUUGACUAUAGCAUGCUGCAGCAGACCCCAGUGCUGGACAGUGUCAUGGAGGAGACAUUACGCUUGGUGGUUGCUCCUGUCCUGAGCAGGGUUGUCAUGGAGGACAUGAUCCUGAAAAUGCAUGAUGGCAGGGAGUAUGCCCUCCGCCAGGGAGAUUUAGUUUCCAUAGUCCCCUACCUGUUCCUCAAUAUGGACCCAGAAAUUUACCCAGACCCCUCUACAUUCAAAUAUGACCGUUUUCUGAAUCCUGAUGGCAGCAGAAAAGUAGCUUUCUACAAGCAAGGGAGAAGGGUUAAAUCACCUAUUUUGGCAUGGGGUGCUGGUACCUCCAUCUGUCCUGGGAGGUUCUUUGCCCUCAAUGAGAUGAAGAUGUUUGUGUUCUUGAUGAUCACACAGUAUGAUAUAGAGUUAGUUGAUCAGGAGGUAAAGAUCCCUUCAAUGAAUGUGAAGCGCUGGGGAACUGGUGCCAUGCAACCAAUUCAUGAUGUCCAGUUCCAGUAUCGAAUACACUUCUAGUUUGGUGGUGACAACUUUUGUAAAAUCUCAAGGAUUCCGUGGGGUACAGUCACUACCUCCCCUUUCUAACGAACCUCUUGUUGUCCACAAUCUCCUCUCCUAUAACAUGGAUCUUGUCCUCACCACUCUACUAAACUGCUCUCCAAUGCCUUUUCCAAUCAACACAUCCAAUCCUCUUUUCUCAGGCUUCUUUCACUUGUCUGUAGCCUUGGAUACUCCUGACUAUGCCUUCUUUCUGAAGACUCCCUUCUUGCUGGGUUUCCUUUCUGACUCUUGCUUAAUCUCCUGGAUUGAUUCUUUUUUCUGCUGUUGGGUAGAGGUUGCAGAGAGAUUGAAUACUAAGGGAAAAUCCUCCACACAGUUAGGACUGUCCCAUGGCACAAUGGGCUGCCUUGGACACAGUGGGCACAGGGAGGGGUAGCAUGGUGGGACAGUGGCAGUGAAGGUCAGCAGUCAAAGACUGGACAACUCCUUUUCUGGGGUGUUGUUCAGGGGAUUCCUGCUGAAGUCCAAGUCAGACUAGCUGGCCUCUGAGGUCCCUUCCUGGCUCAGUUUCUAGGAGUGAACAGCCAUUUGUAGGACAUCUUGGUUCCUGUGACCCUGCUCUCUUCCUGUAACUGACUUUCCCUUCUCUGUGUCCUCUGCAGGCUCAUUCUCUUCCUCCUGCUCCUGAGCUCCCAAGGCUCUGUACUUGGUUUUCUAUCCUUUCCCUUUACUUUCUCCCUUGACAGUCUCUGUCACACCAAGACUACAGUUAGAACCUCUAUUCAUAUCAUUCCAAGUCUGCAUUCCAGAUCAGGUUGUUGGUCAUUUUCCUGUCCAGGAUAUUUGACUGCCUUUGUCUAGCUGCAUCUUGAUAUCCCAAUUGUACAUAUCCUCGACUAAAAUCAUCCCCAAACCUGAGUCCUUUCCCAACUUGUGCUUCUAUCUGUUAUUGAUACCAAUAUCUUUCUAGGGACCCAGACUCUAAGUGUUGGAGUAAUUUUUAAGUCCAACCUCUUCCUUUCUUGUCUUAUUAGCCAGUCACUACCUAAGAUUUUCCUCUCCAAUCUCUCUGACAUCUGUCCAAUUUUUUCUGUGCCCACUGUCAUAGCCCUGGAUGUGUGGGGCAUCACUUCUCAUCUGAACUAUUGCAAUGCUCUCCUGCCUAGUUUCCCUGUCCCACCACUCCCAUUUGUAUAGAAUACCAGAUUCAUCUCCCUAGAGUAAUUCUAUGACACCAUGACUCCCCAGUUCAAGGAUAUCCUAUGUCUCCCAUUGCCUAUAGGAUAAAGUCCAAGCCCCUUAACCCAGCAGUCAAGACCCCCAACAUACAGGUGCCACUCUUUCUUAAGCACAUUCUUUUCCCACACAGCUCCUGUGCGUACUAUCUUUUUCUUCUAAUGUGGACCAUUUACAGUUUGUCCAAGAUGCUCCUCUGACUUGUGGCAUAAGCAGAGCUUUGCUUCUGCAUGGUGUAGCAUAAAGAAUAUUGGCAUUGGAAUCAAAACACCAGGGCUCAGUCCCCAGCUUUGCUUGCUAUAACUGGAUAUUUGAAGUCCUUUCACCUCUGUAAGGCUCAGCUUCCUCUCCCAUAAAUCAAGUGUGUCUGACUGGAUGAGCUCCCAGCAUUUCCAAUUCUAAACCCCAUCAUACUCUGCUGAGAAUACUCUUCCCCACAUCUCUCUCUAUUUACAUUUUAUCCAUUUUUGGAUUCUGGUAUAUGGUAUUUUUUUCUGGUGUCCAUUUUAUCUCCAGCUGGAGGCUACACUCUCCUUGAGGAUGCCUAUGGAAUUGAAUCAAAGAGUAAGGAGUGGUAAGUAUCCACUCUGUACUGUUUGGCCAGAGGGUGUCCUGCCUAAUGGCCACAGGUUUUGGGGUUGACUUGGUUGUCCUCUCCCUGGAGAGGGAUAUUAGCAUGGCUCACGUUACUCUUUAACACCAUUCAACUAAGCUGGGAAAUAAUUUUUACAGCCAAUAUCCCUAAUAAAGGCCUCAUUCCUCAAAUAUAGAAGGAACUGAGUCCAAUUUAUAAGAGUACAAGUCAUUCCCAAUUGAGAAAAGGUCAAAGGAUAUGAACAGCCAAUUUUCAGAUGAAGAAAUCAAAGCUACCUAUAGUCCUAUAAAAAUACUUUAAAUAACUAUUGAGUAGAGAGAUGCAAAUUAAAAGACCUCUGAGGUACCACCUCCUAGCGAUCAGAUUUGCUAAUGUGACAGAAAAGGAAAAUGGUCAAUGUUGUAAGGGAGGUGGAAAAGGUGGGACACUAAUGCACUUUCGGUGGAGUUGUGAGUUGCUCCAACCACUUUGGAGAGCACCUUGGAAGUAUGUCCAAAGGAUAGACAACUUCCAGCAAUAUCACUACCAGAUCUAUAUGCCAAAGAGAUACAAAAAAAAGGAAAAACAAAAUGGCCGGACAAUUUGUGGUAUUUGAUAGUCAAGGAAUACAAUUGUGCUAUGAGAAAUGAUGAAUAGACUGAUGUAAAAUAAAACCUGGAAAGACUUACAUAAGCUCAUGAAAAGUGAAGUGAGCAGAACCAGGAGGACACUGUAGACUGU